AUGUCAGUAGAAGAAAAAGUAGCUAAUUUGAAACUCCAAGACGAAAGCGAACAAAAAAUCACUCCAUGGGAGGUCGAGGGUGCAGUUGUUGAUGGUAAAUCACAAGGUAUAGAUUACGACAAAUUGAUCAAACAAUUUGGCACCAAAGCGAUUACCCAAGAGACUUUAGCUCGCUUUAAGGAGGUGACGGGGCAAGAACCACACCCAUUCCUAAAACGUGGUGUUUUCUUUUCUGAAAGGGACCUACACAGGAUCUUGGACUUGUAUGAGCAUGGGGAACCAUUCUUUUUGUAUACUGGAAGAGGACCUUCGUCCGAUUCCAUGCAUUUGGGACACAUGAUUCCAUUUAUUUUCACCAAAUGGUUACAGGAUGUUUUUGAUGUCCCAUUGGUGAUUGAGUUGACUGAUGAUGAAAAGUUUCUAUUCAAACCAAAAUUGACUAUUGAUGAUGUCAAGAAUUUUGCUGUUGAAAAUGCCAAGGACAUCAUUGCCGUUGGAUUCAAUCCAGAAAAUACAUUCAUCUUUUCUGAUUUGCAAUACAUGGGUGGAGCAUUUUACGAAAACGUUGUAAGAACUUCACGUCAAAUCACGACAUCAACUGCAAAAGCUGUUUUUGGCUUUACCGAUACUGAUUGUAUCGGAAAGAUUCAUUUUGCCAGUAUUCAAAUUGCAACAGCAUUUCCGUCAUCUUUCCCUGAUGUGUUAGGCUUACCACCAAAAACACCAUGUUUGAUUCCUUGUGCUAUUGACCAAGAUCCUUAUUUCAGAGUAUGCAGAGAUGUCGCUGAUAAGUUAAAAUUUUCAAAGCCAGCAUUGAUUCAUGCCAAAUUCUUUCCGGCAUUACAAGGAGCCUCGACCAAGAUGUCUGCUUCAGAUACAACCACUUCCAUUUUCAUGGAUGAUACACCAAAACAAAUACAAAAGAAGAUUAACAAGUUCGCAUUUUCUGGUGGUCAAGCAUUGAUGGAGGAUCAUAGAAAGUACGGAGGUAAUGUUGAUGUUGAUGUUGCAUACCAAUACUUGUCAUUCUUUAGUUAUGAUGAUGAAAAAUUGGAGAAAUUGGCUGAAGGUUAUAGAAAAGGUGAGAUACUAUCGGGUGAGAUGAAGAAGGAAUGUAUUGCGGUGUUGCAAGAAUUUGUAGGAGCAUACCAAGAGAGGAGAAGCAAAGUUGAUGAUGAGAUCGUUGAUAAGUUUAUGAAACCUCACAAGUUAGUUUAUGGUCAACAAGAAAGAAAAGUUGCACCCAAGUCUAGACAAAAGAAUUAG